AAUGUAUGUUCCAGCAUUGAAAACUUUGAUUUCUAAGACAAAUCAACAAAUCAAAGCUUUUAUCUAAAAGUCUCAAUUACCUGGAAUCAGCCGUAUAAUCCUUUCUGCCAUCGAGAUCCUAAUCAUCCAACUUGUGGGGUGUUCGGGUUAGAAUGCAUCAGAUCAUUGGAUCAGCAUAUUGGCCCACCCACCAGACAAUUAACUCUUAAUGAUGUCAAACAUAAAGCUCUGUAGAGAACCUGCACCACCAAAAGAGAGAUGAUAGCAUUACUGUGUAAUCCACCUAGAAUCAGUAAUGAUUCUCUUUUAGUUUGUUCUUGUUAGAAAAAAGAGAGCAAAAGAAAAAGACAGGACUCCUGUAAUUCAAAUGUGAAAGACGAAAGGCAAUGAGAAAUGAACCACAAAAAAUAUUUAGUUCAGGAAAACAAUACAGACAUGGGUCAGUGCUGGGCCAUUGGGGCAAAAAAAAAAACUCCUCCAUAAUGUUCUGAAUUUUAUAUUUGGAAGAUUCAAGAAUUUCCAAAAUUCUGACAUUUUCCAACAGUUGCUUCUUUUCAUGACUUGGCAGCAUCGCCACUUCUUAAAGGAUGGUCUUCCCUUCCUCCCCUCUUCACAGAGCUCAGCUCCCCAUAAGCUACUCCAGAGAGAGAGAGUGUGAGAGAGAGAUAUCAGAAAUGGCCAUAGACUUUCAUUUAUGUGAUGAUGCAGAUGAAGACUACAUAGACAUGGAAGUCAGUUCAUACUCCAACUUCCUCUGUCACUCCAUUAGCUCUCCUCCACACCCCAGAGAGUUUGAGUUCCACAUGUCAUCAAGCUCUCUUGAGAGAGAAAUCACAACUUCCCCAGCUGAUGAGCUCUUCUACAAAGGGAAGCUCCUUCCUCUUCACCUUCCUCCACGCUUGCAAAUGGUGGAAACACUCCUCCAGAACUCCAACUCUGCUUUCCAUGACAACACUGAUACCUUCAGAGACUUCUAUAGCACUCCAUUAACCACCACUGCCACCACACCGACUACAACCAGUACCCCAUUCGAAUCCUGCAAUAUCUCACCUUCAGAAUCUUGCCGGGUUAGUGGAGAACUCAAUCCAGAUGAGUAUUUCUUGGAGUACUCAACUGAUAUGAGCAGUUUCAUCAGUGACAACCCAAAAAAGUCCUGGAUGAAAAAGUUUAAGCUCAUCAAGCAGUCCUCAUUUGGUCUGAAGUUGAAGGCUUCCCGGGCUUAUCUCAAGUCCUUGUUUGGUAAACCCGGCUGCUCAGAUGAGUCCUGUGUGGCACCUGCAAGGACGGUAGAUGAAGCUUCAGGUUCAAAAGCCAAGGAGUCCUUAAGUAAGUACAUGAAGGCAAAGAAAAACCCAUUUGGACUUCAGAAGGACAGUUACCAGAUGUCAACUAGUGACACAAGGAGCUCUAACAAAGAAAAGAUCAAUGAGGAUGGGGGUCACCAUAGAAGGUCAUUCUCAGGAGCUUUCAAACGGCAUUUAAUAACCAAGUCUUCAUCUUCUUUAUCUUCAUCUGGAUCUUCUUCGUCCUCAUGCUCAAGUAAUGCAAAUGGGUCUCAUGAGUUCCAGUUUCUCAAGAGAAGUAGCAGCGCAAACUCAGAGUUUGAGUGCUCAAUUCAGGGAGCAAUCGCUCAUUGCAAACAGUCUCAGCAGCUGUUCCUAUCAAGAAAGACUGUUAGUGAAGUUGGGUUUUGCACAUUGUCAGCUUCCAGGAUUGCAGUUUGUGAUGACCAAGAAAGACCAGUUCUUUGCCGAGGCUGAAGAGAAGAGAGACGGAGAGAGAGAGGACAACAAGGACAAAGUACGAAGUUUGAUUGGUAUAUUGUGUUCCUUUUUUAUCCUUUCAAAAUUUUGAUGAUUAGCAUGCUCUGAUUCAGUACAAGAUCAGAACUAUGCAUGGCUCUCCUGUACUGAUAGACCUGUUCAUCAUAUGAAAAUUUCAUGAAAAUGCAGAAUAAAA